AUGGCAGCAUCAGAAAUGGCAGGUCUUCUCCUCCUUUCGUUCACUGCUCUGCUGCUGAGAAGUUCCUCUGUUCGUAGCCAAGGACUGCAGAUCGGAUUCUACGACUCCUACUGUCCGGACGCCGAGGAUAUCAGGAAGAAGUUCGCGGACCAGGGACUGUCAGACCACGACCUCGUCACAUUGGUAGGUGCACACACGAUCGGGCAGACGGACUGCGAGUUCUUCAGCUACCGGCUGUACAACUUCACGGCGACGGGCAACGCGGACCCGACCAUCAGCCAGGCGUCGCUGGCGCAGCUCCGGGCGCUGUGCCCGCCGCCCAGCGGCGCCCCGGGCGGGCGGCGGGUGGCGCUGGACGAGGGCAGCCCCGACGCGUUCGACGUGAGCUUCUUCAAGAACGUCCGCGACGGCGGCGCCGUGCUGGAGUCGGACCAGCGGCUGUGGAGCGACGCCGCCACGCAGGGCGUCGUGCAGAAGUACGCCGGCAACGUCCGGGGACUCUUCGGCCUCAGGUUCGGGUACGAGUUCCCCAAGGCCAUGGUGAGGAUGAGCAGCAUCGGGGUGAAGACCGGCGGGCAGGGCGAGAUCAGGAGGAGGUGCUCCAGGAUCAACUGA